AUGAAAAUGGGAAAGUAUUUUUUCUCUAAGGUGACCUCGGUGCCUGUUCUUCUUCAAGCUGAAGCAUCGCUGGGCCAUCAGUGUGUGGAAACUCGCUCUGGAACCACAGCGUCAGGAGUUAAGAGGCUCCCAGCAACAGCAGACAUGAACCUGCCGACCAGAGAAGAGUGUGAGGGGUGGGAUCACACCAAAGUGGCGCUUUUUAUGUCCAAGAAUAACAUGCAAGAGUGCGCCAGAACUGUGACCAGAUUAAAGAUUGACGGAGUCAAACUUCUGAAUCUCACAGAGUACGACAUCAGAAAGUUCAGCCUCCUUCAGCAGCCGCAACUUCAGAAAAUGGUUCAAGACAUCAAGAAAAAUGAUGGCAGUUUGCUGAAUAAAAUCAAAAGACUGAAAACCAAACCUCGUCCAAAAGUUCCUGCCAGAGACUACAGAGGUUUCAGAGACAGUGAUCAAUGCUCUGAUCCAGAAUACAAUGAGCCAUGCGAUGACCCGCCUGAUGAUGACAGCUACGAGCCUCCUCCAGUCCACAGAGAGUUCACCAGAAGUCCCUUCCCUUCCUUACCAAAGGGGGAGUAUCUCGACAGCUGUCAUGCCCGACCAAGCCGACCUCCCAAGCCCAUCCGUCCUGUUAAAGCAUCCAAACAACUUCCUCCUGAACCACCACAUCCAUGGAACGACAAAGAAGAAGACUACAUAGACCCAGAUGCUAAUGGUGAAGAUGAUUAUAUAGAACCCACAGAGAAUUCAUCUCCAAAAGGUGGAAACAGAGGUGACUAUCCCAUUUUGCCUCCAGCUUUACCAGAUCGUCCAUCCAGUCCUGAAGAUUUAUAUGAAGAACCUGAGAAAGAGGGACAGUGUACGGCUCCAGAGAGAAGAUUUGGUCUACCUCCUUUCAAACCGGGUCCUGGUUUACCAAAACCAACACCCAGGCUGAAUAAAUGGGGACCCACUCCUAUCCAGCAACCCACAGAUGGUGAUGAAUAUGAACUUUGUGAUCAAGAUAAUAGUUCCAGUCAUGAACCUCCAGGCGGUCCUCCUCCUCGUGUGCAGAGAGAGAGGUCACCAAAGCCGCCUCUACUGCCGAGACAAGACAUGAAACCAAGACAAUUUGAAAGCGCCUCCCUGCCUGUGAUGCACACAGAACAGAAACCGUCUCCUAAAGCUUUCUCGCUGGAUCUAAAACGACCAAAAAUCCCCCUGCCACAGUUAACACCACCCAAACCAGCUGAGCGGGGAUACAUCGCUGCUGAAAACGGGUCAACCGACCAGGACAAGGAUGCAGAUGUUUAUCACAAACCCUGGUUUGCCAACGGAUGUGACCGCAAAACAGCAGAUGAUGCUUUACUGCGAUCAAAUAAGGACGGUGCGUUCAUGGUGAGAAAGAGCUCGGGUCAGGAUGUGCAGCAGCCUUACACGUUAGUGGUGUUUUACAGAGGCAGAGUCUACAACAUCCCGAUCCGCUUCGUGCCAAGCACCAAGCAGUACGCGCUGGGGAGAGAGAAGAAGGGAGAGGAGUUCUUCAGCAGUGUCUCUAGCAUCAUAGAGAACCACCAGAAGAACCUGCUGGUUCUGAUCGACAGCCAGAGCAACACCAAAGACGCCACCAAGUUGUUUUUUCCUGUAAAGCCGUAGAUGACCCUGUCAGUUCUUUCACUUUGCAUCUUUACGGCCCAUUUUCAACGUGUUUCCAAGUACAACACAGAGCUGCAGGUGACGGUAAACCGACUAAAGAACUGCUUAAGAGCUUCCUGCAGGAUUCCACUGCAGUCCUGGUUCUUCCACAUGGAGACAUUUACAGAAACUAAAUUAACAGGAAGGUUUUAAAGUAAUAUCCUGGAUGAAACUUUUUCUUCUUCUUGUGGCUUUAUGUGGAGUUUUAGUUCUUCAAAAUUACAUUCUCCUUGCUUCCAGCUGUCCUUUCCCACAUUGUGACCAUUAUCUUGCUGUACAAUGCAACUUGCAUGCUUCACUGAGGGAGUUUUACAUUUGCAGCACAUCCUGAUCUCUCUGUGAUCAUGCUUGAUGAGUUUUUGCUCAUAGUUUUUGUUUCUUUUUAAGCAACAGGUUAUUGUUGUUCACUCUUCCAGUAAAAAUCAUUCUUGUAAAGUGUACAGUUUAUUGCAUUUCUUACCGCCACCUGUUUUAUUAUUACCAGUUUCCAUAGUUUUCUAAAUGAAAAACAGUUACAAAGUAUGAGACUGCCGCAAUUCUUCCUGCGUAUUAGAGCGUUUUGGAGGUAAUUAUAGUUUUUGCGUUUUUACCAUCAAGUUUUCUUUAGACAGAAACUUUACUUAAAAAUAAUGUUCAUUCUUCCAUUACAGAUCAUUUUUGUAAAAUGUAUUAAGUUCUGUUUAGUAGAAAUACUCAGUAAGACAUUUUGCCCAAAGGUUUGUUCUGGUGCUGUUUUUUUUUUCUCAUAUUGUAAUAAAUGCUCCUGUUCGUUUUC